GGGAGGGAAGGGGAGGUGAGCUGGGGGCUUGGGAGGGUCUCCUCACCGGAAGUACCUACAGAACCCGGCCCCGGGGGUCUUAGGCACCACCAGUAGGCUUGCUCCUCGGCCACCCCCAUCUUCUCAGCAGCUCCAGGAACAGAACCGAAAAGAAGCCGAACAAGGAAGCAGCAAGGCUUGAAGAAAAGCGGAAGUGGGAGCCUGCAGCCCUGACUGUCCUCCUGGGGGGGGACUGAGACCUCAGGACCAGCUGGGCCGGCGCUGUUGCAGGCAACGUCCGUGCUGGAGCGAUGGCCCAGCCGCACCGGGCUACGUGGCUGCCCCCUGCUCUGCUGCUUCUCUGGGUCCCAGGCUGUUUGUCCCUGAGUGGCCCCAAGAGAGUGACGGGCAUCGUGGGGGGAUCCCUGAGCGUGGAGUGUCGGUACCAGGAGGAAUUCAUAAACAAUCCCAAAUACUGGUGCAAAUUCUCAUAUUUGUUAUCACGGAAAAUUGUGGAGACCAGAGAGUCAGAGAGAGAAGUGAGGAGGGGCCGCGUGUCCAUUAAAGACCAUCCUGGAAACCUCACCUUCACAGUGACCUUGGAGAGCCUCAGAGAGGAGGAUGCGGGAACAUAUGGAUGUGGGAUCGAUGUGCCACUUUCAUUGGACCCCACCUUCCAGGUGGAGGUGUCUGUGAUCCCAGCACCAUCGGCAUCACCAACACCAAGGUCAACCCGACCUGCUGUCACAGCCAAGACCUCGACAAUCACAACCAAAGUUUCAACUGUGUCGUUCACCACCCUGGCCACAGAGGGCACCACCCACAGUGCCAGCAGCCAGGAGGAACAGGAGCCCACGCAGAGCUGGAGUGGGAGCUCAUCUACUGAACAAGCGCGGGAAAGCAGGACCUCCUGCCCCAUGCAGCCCACCCUGUCUCCCCUCAGGCUCCACGCGCUGCUGAUCUCAUUAGCGCUUCUGCUGCUCCUGUUGGGGGGCGUCUCGCUGCUGGCCUGGAGGAUGGUUCAGAGACGGGUCAAAGCUGGAGAGAAACCAGAGCCGCCCCAGAGCCGCAGUCAGGCUGCUGAGCAGACUGAGCCCUGCUAUGCGAAUCUGGAGCUGCAGACGAGGCCCCUUUCAGGAAAGCCCAUUCAACCCACGCGGGUGGAGGUGGAAUAUAGCACAGUGGGCCCGCCCAGCGACAACCUUCAAUACACCUCGGUGGUGUUUGACUCCCAGAGACAGGAUUCCAAGGCCUGCAGGAUUCCCUCCGAGACGCCAGUGUACAGUGUGAUUAAGAAGACAUAAGCUCAUGUUUCCAGCCUUACCAACCGGAGGACUCUGCAGGUCACAGGAGGCCCAGGGCUCGGCCUUCACCCACGAACCUCCCUCCACCUGCUUCCCUUGAUGGUGACUGGCAAGGCAGCUGGGCUCCCCAAGGCUGCCCAUCUUGCGCCAUCAGCCAGGCUGGCUUCACUGAGGAUGUCUGGGAAUGCGGUUCUGGAUGGUCCCAUGGGAAACCUUCCAUCCCACUGUCUCUCGACAUCUCUUUCCUCUCUUCUCUGCUUCAUCCCAGCUCUAGGUGGCUCCAGGCAAAGGUGUGAUUCCUGUAGCAUGGUGCCUACAAAUAGCUUUGUAAACCGCAGCCCCACGGAAAUGUCUGGGGUUGCUGGGAAGUGGGAACUGGUGAAGAGCCAGGAGAACACAAAGGCAUUGAAGACUGAGUCCUUCUCUUCUUACAGACAAGGAGACCAAGACCCAGAGAAAGGAGAGGCUUGCCCACAGCUCCAGAACUAGUGGCUCACUUUUCUGGACUCUUGGGAUUAUUGUUAACCUAAGAGAUAUUAAUAACAUGGAAAUUAUCUUAAGAGAGAAGAAAACAAUUAUUUAAACUUUGCAGCUGUAUGUCUGCAAAAUUGUAUUAAAAGUCCUUUCUUUUGAAGCCGAAUAAUAUUUCAUUGAUGUAUAUAUCAUAUCAUGCUUAUCCAUCCAUUCACCUGUCAAGAGAGUGCUUCUAUAUUUUAGCUCUUGUGAAAAAUCCAAGUUACGAACUUGGUGUACAAGUAUCUCUUGGAGACUCUGCUUUCAAUUCUUUUGGGUGUAUACUCCGAAGAGGAAUUUCUGAAUCAUAUGAUAACCUAUUUUUAAUUUUUGAGGAACUGUUCUACUGUUACCGGCAGUAGCUAUACCAUGCUACAUUCCCACCACGGGUCUGCAGUUUCUUCACAUCCUUUCCAACACUUUUUUUUUUUGUUUUUUUUUUUUUUAGUAGCGAACCUAAUGCAUGUGAGGUGGUAUCUCAUUGCAAUGUUGCAUUUCCCCAGUGAUUAGUGAUGUUGAGCACUUUUCACGUGCUUAUUGGCCAUUUGUCUAUCUUCACUGAAGACAUGUCUAUUCAGUCUUUUUGCCCAUUUUCAAAUUGAUUUCUUUCUUGUUAUUGAGUUGUCUAUGUAUUCUGGAUAUUUCAGUCUUAUCAGAUAUAUAAUUUGCAAAUAUUUUCUCUCAUUUUGUGUGUCAAAUUUUUACUCUGUUGAAGGUGUCUUUUGAGGACAAAAAUUUCAACAUUUCAUGAAGUUUGAUUUGUCCAUUUUGUUGUUGCUGCUGCUUGUGCCGUUUAGAUCAUAUUCAAGAAAUCAUUGUCAAAUCUGAGGUUCUGAAGAUUUUGUCCUAUGCUUUAUUCUAAGAGUUUAAUAGUUUUAGGUCAGACUAGCUAACUUUUAGCUAAGAAAGGCAAUCCCAAAGAGUGCUCAAACUACCGCACAAUUGCACUCAUCUCACACACUAGUAAAGUAAUGCUCAAAAUUCUCCAAGCCAGGCUUCAGCAAUACGUGAACCGAA